GAUGCAUUCAAGACAAAAAAUGAUCACCGAUUAUAUUUUAUUGAACAAUUUUCGGAGGUUUCCUGAAUGCAACAGUACAAACCAAGAUGGUGAAAUUCGGGCUACAGUUCAAAGCCACUCUAGAGAAUGUCACUAAUGUGAGACCAGAGGGCGAAGACUUUCGCUGGUUUCUGAAGCUCAAGUGUGGCAACUGUGGAGAGAUUCCAGAUAAAUGGCAGUAUGUCAACCUCGCGGAGAGCACACCGUUAAAAGGAGGAAGGGGAAGCGCCAGCAUGGUGCAGAAGUGUAAACUUUGCUCCAGGGAAAAUUCAAUUGAUAUCCUUGGGGACACCGUAACGCCUUAUGAUGCUGAGGACAGUGAAAGGUUCAAGACGAUGGUGCAGUUUGAAUGUCGAGGUCUGGAGCCUGUUGACUUCCAGCCACAAGCUGGCUUUGCUGCACAGGGAACGGAGUCUGGAACAGUGUUUCCUGAAGUAAACCUACUCGAAAAAGAUUGGACAGACUACGAUGAGAAAGUCAAGGAAUCAGUGGGAAUAUAUGAGGUCACGCACCAGUUCAUCAAGUGCUGAUGUGAUGUGAUGUGACGUGGGUUAAGGAACACUAUGGACAGAUUGUCCUGUUUCCAGAUGGAUUGAUGGAUUCUGAAGAUUUCAGGGGGCACAACGUAGCCUUAAUCGGUUUGGAAAACAUCGACUUACAUGAACAUAUAAAUAAAUAUAAGCAUUGCUCAAUUCACAGCUGUUUACAAUUGUCUCAAUAAAAUGAAGGUACAAAUCUUGG